AUGUCUCCGGCAGCUGCUGCUGAACCAGGUGGGGCCCCUCGAGAUGGGCAUGUGGGCAAGCUCAUUUUCUUCUUCUUUGUCUUUGGCGCCACCCUGUUGUGUGUGGGAGUCCUGCUCUCCAUCUUUGGGUUCCAGGCAUGCCACAAUGAAACUGCCCCAGACUGCAGCGUGGUGCUGAAGGUCGCUGGGCCUGCAUGUGCUGUGGUUGGGCUCGGGGCUGUGAUCUUGGCCCGCUCCCAGGCACGGCUUCAGCUCCGUGAGAGGUGGUGUCAAGGCAACCACACAGACCCCGACCGAACCUUCAUCUGUGGAGAGAGCCGCCAAUUUGCCCAGUGCCUCAUCUUUGGGUUUCUCUUCUUGACAAGUGGCAUGCUCAUCAGCAUCCUGGGCAUUUGGGUUCCUGGAUGUGGCUCAGGCUGGACGAAGGAACCGCUCAACGACACGGACACUGACGAAGCAGAGCCCCAGAUCUGUGGGUUUCUGUCUCUGCAGAUCUUGGGACCCUUGAUUGUGCUCAUGGGCUUGUGUUUCUUCGUGGUUGCCCAUGUUAAGAAGAGAAACAACGUGAACACAGGCCAGGAUGCCUCUGAAAGAGAAGAGAGACAGACCCAGAGUACGGAGCCUGUCCAGGUCACUGUAGGUGAUUCGGUGAUAAUAUUUCCACCUCCCCCACCACCUUACUUCCCCGAGUCUUCUGCUUCUGCAGUGACACCAAGUCCUGGGGUGAACAGUUUGCUUCCAAAUGAAAAUCCACCUUCAUAUGACAGUAUUUUUAACUAUGGCAGGACCCAAACUCCUGAGCACCAGGGCGUGGCCUCUGAGAGAGAUGGUGAAUCUGUAUAUACUAUUUCUGGAACUUGGCCCUCUUUUGAGAUCUCACACACUCCACAUCUUUCAUCUGAAUUGCCUCCUAGAUAUGAAGACAAAGAACAUGCCACAGCUACACCCUCGUCUCCAUCUUCUGAACCUUCCCCACCAUGA